GUAUUUUUUAUCUUUAAAAAGUGAAGCUGCAUCUCCGAAGUCGAUCGAGAAAAACAAAAUGAGUGAUACACAAAGAGAAGAAGAGGAACCUUUCAUUGCUGCCAUGCUACUCUGCUACUCCCAAACUUUUAGUAGGACUGUGCAAGCAGCAUUUGAUCUUGGCAUCUUCGAGAUAUUGGCUGAGCCAGGUCCCAACACCCAGCUGACUGCCUGCGAGAUCGCCGGAAAAUUGUCCGGAUGUAACCAUGAGAAAGCUGCAACCAUGCUGGAUAACAUUCUAGGAUAUCUUGCUUCUCAUUCUAUCCUCACCUGUACUGCUUCCUCCUCAUCCAACGAAACAGGCCGCCUAAGGAAGCAAUAUGGGUUAACACCAAUGAGCAGGCUCUUGGCUAAGAACCAUGAUGGACCUUCUUUGGCGCCUUUUAUGUUCAUGACUAAUCUUAUGACUUUUGAAGAUACCUGGAAACAGUUGAAGGAAGCAUUGCAAGAGGGAGUAAGUCCCUUCAAGAAAGCUCAUGGUUUGACAACGUAUGAGUUUUUUGCUAAGAAUCCUACAUAUUCUGAUGUUUUUAAUGAAGCCAUGGCUAGCAAUGGAAAUAUAGUGAUGGAGAAGAUGGUUGAGGAGUAUGAAGGCCUAAAGCAAGUAACAGAGCUCAUUGAUGUUGGUGGUGGUAUUGGAACUUCGUUGAAAAAGAUCAUUUCUAAGUAUCCACAUAUUAAAGGGAUUAAUUUUGAUCUUCCUCAUGUUGUUUCUGAGGCACCAGCACUCCCAGGUGUACAACAUGUUGGUGGGGACAUGUUUAUCAUGAUACCAAGCGGAGAAGCCAUUUUCUUAAAGUGGAUUCUUCAUAAUUGGAAUGAUGAGAAAUGUCUGCUAAUUUUAAAAAAUUGUUGGAGGGCAUUGCCAACUUAUGGAAAAGUGAUCCUUAUGGAGCACAUUCUGCCGGAGUUUCCUGAAGCAAAUAUAACUACGCAACAAAUAUACACCAUGAAUAUGAUAAUGACAAUAUAUUUUGAAGCAAAAGUGCGGACUGAGAAAGAGUAUCGAUCAUUAGCUCACAAAGCAGGGUUUUCUGAAUUCAAAAUUUUGUGCAAGGUAUUUGAUUAUCAUGUAAUGGAGUUUUUAAAAUGACAUAUGCAUGAAAAAAAACAUAUCUCAAGUUGAACUCUUAUUAAGAAAAAAUAAAAUUA